AGAGCAAGCAAAGCAAUGGGUAGCUGCUUGUCAAUCUCCUUAUCAUGCGAUGACAUUGUUUCACGCUGCUGGGAUUCCGUUUUUGAAAGAGUACGGUAUGUACGUAACCUCCAAGAAAACCUUCAAGCUCUCUCAACUUCUUUACAAGAACUCAAGGCUUUAAAGGAUGAUGUGCAAAGAAAGGUUGAGCUUGCAGAGCGGCAGCCGGGAUUAAAGCGGUUAAAGCAGGUAAAUAACUGGAUUUUAAGAGCGGAGGCUCUUGAGACUGAAAUUAACGAAGUUAUUAUAAGCCAUAGCACGCAAGAAAUUGAGAAAUUAUGCUGCGGAGGUUAUUGCUCCAAGAACUGCAGAUCUAGCUACAAGUAUGGAAAAAAAGUUGCUAGAAAGUUGGUGGAAGUGGAGGCUUUGAAAAGCAAGGGAGUUUUUGAAGAGGUGGUAGCAGAAAGCUUACCUACAGCUCUAGUCGAUGUGAUACCUAGUGAGCCAACAGUGGGCAUGGAGCCGAUUUUUGAUCAGGUUUGGAGUCACGUUGAAGAUGAACAAGUGGGAAUGAUUGGCUUAUAUGGAAUGGGAGGGGUGGGGAAGACCACCCUCCUUACCCAGAUUCAUAACAAUUUCAACCGCACUCGUAAUGAUUUCAAUCUUGUGAUAUGGAUUGUGGUAUCCAAGGGCCACAAAAUUGAAGUUAUUCAAGAUAAGAUUGGUGAAAAGAUUGGGCUGUCUAGUGGUGAAUGGAAGCAUAAAGAGCAGCGUGAAAAAGCUAAAGACAUCUUCGGAAUCUUGAACACAAAGAAGUUUGUGUUAUUAAUGGAUGAUUUAUGGGAGCCAGUUGAAUUAACCGAAGUAGGGGUUCCAGCUCCUGACAGUCGAAACAAGUUCAAGAUAGUUUUCACAACUCGCUCUGAGGAGGUAUGUGGUCAGAUGGAUGCCCAGAAGAAGAUUAAGGUGGGGUGUUUGACUUGGGAAAAAGCAUGGAACUUGUUUCAGGAGAAGGUUGGGAAAGAAACACUUCUUCUUCAUCCAGAUAUCCCCGAGCAUGCUGAAAUUGUGGCGAAGGAGUGUGGUGGUUUGCCACUGGCACUCAUCACAGUAGGCAGGGUCAUGGCCUGCAAGAAAACACCCCAGGAGUGGAAGCAUGCAGUUCAAGUCCUGAGAAGAGUUGCCUCCGAGUUUUCAGGAAUGGGAGAUAAGGUAUUCCCUCUUUUAAAAUUCAGUUACGAUAAUUUACCAAGUCAGAAAGUUAGAUCAUGUUUCUUAUAUUGUGCUCUAUUUCCGGAAGAUUUUGUUAUACUUAAAGAUGACUUGGUAUAUUUUUGGAUGUGUGAGGAGGAUAUAUUAGAUGAAUAUGGUAAUGUAGAGGAAGCCAAAAAUGAGAGUUACCAUAUCAUAGGAACUCUUCUUGCCUCAUGUUUGUUGGAAGAUGAAGGAGAUUCAGUAAAAAUGCAUGAUGUAAUUCGUGACAUGGCAUUGUGGUUAGCUUGGAAAGAAGGCGAGAACAUCCUUGUGGAUACAGGUGCAUAUCAUGCACCACAUGUUGCGAAAUGGUGGAACGCGAAAAGGGUUUCAUUGAUGGGUAGUGGUAUCAAAUCUCUAGAUGAAACACCAAGAUCUCCCAAUCUGUUGACCUUAUUUCUCAGAGGAAGAUUUUUAAAGAGGAUUGUGGAUGACUUCUUUGAUUUCAUGCCUACGCUACGAGUUCUGGAUUUGUCUGAAAAUAACUUUAUAACUCAACUACCAACUGGAGUUGCAAAUCUAGUUUCAUUACAACAUCUGAAUUUGUCCAAAACAGGCAUAAAACGGUUGCCGGUGGAGUUAGCAGCAUGUGCACGCCUAAAGCAUUUGAACUUAGAGUAUACAUAUGAUCUUGAUUAUGUUCCACCAAAUAUAUUAUCAAAUUUCCCGAGGCUUAAAGUUUUGAGAAUACUAUAUUGUGGUUCUUCUAACCGAGUUUUUUUUUAUAAUGAGAAAACCAUGAUAGACGAACUGCAGGGUUUGAAACACCUUGACGUCUUGUCUUUGACAGUAGGAGAUACCUCUUGUUUCCUGAAUUUGGACAGCCACCACAUAUUAGUGACUUGCACUCUAACUUUAUGCCUCAUGGGUGAGAACCCUUCAAGCUAUCUUGAUUUAUCAGAUGUGGCGAUGGCAAAUAUGAAAUACCUUGAUACCCUUCUAAUUAAACGUACGGUGGAUGUGUACUCUACGUCAAUAACACGUCUGGAAAAUCCGAAUUGCUUCCUUGGUCUUCAAUUCGUAGUAGUAGUAAAUUGCACGAAUCUCAAGAACCUGGAAUGGCUAGUUUUUGCUCCAAAUCUCAUCCACUUGGAGGUAUAUGGCUGCUCUAAAAUGACGAGAAUACUCGGUUUGGACACAACGGAAACUACCCCAUUUGCAAAACUCACUGUUUUGCGUUUGAGCGCACUACCCCAGUUGUGGAGAAUAUGCGAAAAUCCCUUGCCCGUUCCAUUUCUGAAGGAAAUCCAUAUAUCUGGUUGUCCAGUGCUCACUAGACUGCCUCUCAACUCUAGCAGUGCUCAAACAAGUAAUCUCAUUAUUGAAGGACAGGAAGAGUGGUGGAAUGGCUUAGAGUGGGAGGACCAAGAGGCUCGAAAAGCUUUUCUUCCCUGCUUCAGACCCUUUUAA